ACUGUCUAUUUCUCCAUGGAGGAGUGGGAGUAUGUAGAAGGACACAAGGAUCUGUACCAGGACAUAGUCAUGAUGGGGGAUCACCGGCCCCCAACAUCACCACUGGAUUUAGGCCCAACAAGGAUGGAGAAGGCCAGAAAGCACAUGGCUGCCAGGAUAUUACACCUCUCCCUAGAGAUAAUCCACCUGAUAACCGGAGAGGAUUACACAGUAGUGAAGAAGUGGUCUGGUGAGUGUGUGACCCCCCGUGUGUCAGGAGGAUCGGGCACCACCCAGAGCCCCACCCCCGAGGAUCCUCCACCUCAUUCACUGAUACAUGAGCAGAAGAUCCUAGAACUGACCACCAGGAUAACUGAGCUGCUGACUGGAGAGGUUCCUAUAAGGUGUCAGGACGUCACUGUCUAUUUCUCCAUGGAGGAGUGGGAGUAUAUAAAAGGACACAAGGAUCUGUACCAGGACAUGAUAGAGGAUCGCCGGCCCCUCACACCGGAUGAAGUCAUGGAUAGAAAUCCACACGAGAAGUGUCCCCGUCCUCUGUAUUCCCAGGAUGGUCCAGAAGAAAAUGUCCCAGAGAAGCAUCAGGAAGAAGGUAUGAUUGUUAUUAAAGUGGAGGAGGAAUCUGAAGAAGAAGUAGGAGAGGAAAUGAUGAGAGGCUAUGACUCGUGUAUGAGGGAAGUGAAGAAGGAAAUUCGAGAAGAUGUCACCCCAGAAAACCCCACAAAGGAUGAAGAUGAAAACUUCAUGUCUUCACUAAAUAUUAAAGUAGAAGAUGACGAUAUCAUGCAGUUCACCCUAGGAGAGGACCUCCUUCCCCUUACUGUAUAUCCAGGAUCUCACUCCGGGGAGAAGACAUAUUCAUGUUCACUAUGUGGGAAAUGCUUUACAGAUACAUCAGAACUUUUAGCGCACGAGAGAAAGCACGUAGCAGAGAAUCGAUAUUCAUGUCCACUAUGUGAAAAAGGUUUUCCUCAGAAGUUAGAUCUUGUUAAACAUCAGGAAACUCAUGUAGCAGAAAGGCCAUAUUUGUGCCUUGAAUGUGGGCAAUAUUUUACAUCAAAACGACGUCUUGUUACACAUGAGAAAAGUCACACAGGAGAAGACCUGUAUGCAUGUUCCGAAUGUGAGAGAUCUUUUACAAGAAAAUCAAAUCUUAUUAAGCAUGUAAGAAUUCACAGAAACGAGAAGCCAUAUUCAUGUUCAGAAUGUGGGAAAUGUUUUAUAGAAAAAUCACAGCUUGUUACACAUGAGAUAAGUCACAUUGGAGAGAACCAUUCUUGUUCAGAAUGUGGAAAAUGUUUCCUAGAAAAAUCCCAUCUUGCUAAACACCAGAGAAGAAGUCACUCAGGAGAGAAGCCGUAUUCAUGCUCAGUAUGUGGGAAAUGUUUUGUAGAUAAAUCAUAUUUUGUUAUACAUAUGAGAAUUCAUACAGGAGAGAAGCCGUAUUCAUGUUCAGAAUGUGAGAAAUGUUUUUCAAGUAAAUUGAAUCUUCUUAAACAUAAGAGAAUUCACACAGGGGAGAAGCCACAUUCAUGUUCCGAAUGUGGGAAAUGUUUUACAAAUAAAUCCGAUCUUGUUACACACACGAGAAUUCACACAGGAGAGAAGCCAUAUUCAUGUUCAGAAUGUGGAAAGUGUUUUAAAGAUAAAAAUUAUAUUGUUAGACAUUUGAGAAGUCACUCAGGAGAGAAGCCUUAUUCAUGUUCAGAAUGUGGGAAAUGUUUUAUAGAAAAAUCCUAUCUCCUUAAACAUUUGAGAAGUCACUCAGGAGAGAAGUCCUAUUCAUGUUAAAAAUGUGGAAAAGGUUCUUGUUACACAUGAGAGAAUUCACAUAGGUGAGAAUCCGUAUUCAUGUUCAUAAUGUAGGAAAUGUUUUACAAAUAGAUCAUGUCUUCUUAAACAUCAGAGAAUCCACACAGGAGAUUUACAAAUAAAUUAAAUGCCAAAACGCAUAAAAAAAAAAAAA